GUGCGCAGCUUUAACGCAAAAAAAACUUUUGUGACCAAACACGGAAGUAGUUCAAAGAAACUCCCGCGUAGUUUUCAUUGUUUGGAUAAGCCAUGUGCGUUUGAUGGAGAUGCAGUGUGUUUACAACCGAAUGACUGCGAUGUCUAAACUAAAGAGGAAGAAAUCAGCGAUUGAGGAGAGUAGAUGUGAGCAGCAGACGACGAUCAAAAAGUCAAAUGGCAGUCUGAGUGCAGAACAGGACAGCAGCUGCAGCAAAACAUCUACAGGCAGGGUGAGAUGGUGGGAGAGUUCUGAAUUAAGUGAUGUGGAGAGACUCUGGGCUCUUACCUUGAGAGCUUUUUGCCCAGCCCUGCAGUCUGAUCAGGAAGAAUGUAUUCCACAGCUCCCCCCACCUUCACCCACGAAAACUCCUGUACAAAAAGUAAGUGAUUGGAGGUGGUGCAGUGCAGAUGAAGAUGUUAAUCCCCCUCCGGAUUUGCCCGCUCCGUCUUUCCUCAACAACCCACAACCAGUGAAUGAGGUCAAGAACCCUUCACAACCUCCAGCAGCAGAGAACAUGGGAGAAUGUAGUCCACCAGCCAUCGCUGAUCAAGAGAAUCAUGCAUCUUCACCUGAUCAGGAGAGUGUGUCAGUAUGUGACGUACAAACUGUUCAGCAGCGCCACCUAGAAGACAAAGUCAAUUGCGUUGAGGGUCAUGAAUUGUCAGACGAACAGAGUGACAAAUUUGACCAAGUGGGGAAAGUCUCAGAAACGCAUGAAGUCACAAGAGGAUCUGGAGCAGGAUUGGAUGUGGAAUCUGGAGCAGGGAAGGGGGCAAAAGCAGGUGCAGGAGGAUCUGGAUCAUGGUUAAGAACAAUAUCUGAAGCAGAAGGAUUGGUAUCAGGCAUGGGAACAAAUCAAGGAACAGGUGGAUCUGGAUCAGGGCAGAAAGCAAAAUCUGGAGCAGGUCAGCGAGCAAAAUCAGGAGUAAGAGGAUCUGGAUUGGUGCUGGGAGCAAAAUCUGGAGUGGGAUUGGAUGCAGAAUCUGGAGCAGGGAAGGGGGUAAAAACAGGUGCAGGAGGAUCUGAAUCAUGGUUAAGAACAAUAUCUGAAGCAGAAGGAUGGGUAUCAGGCAUGGGAACAAAACAAGGAACAGGUGGAUCUGGAUCAGGGCAGAAAGCAAAAUCUGGAGCAGGUCAGCGAGCAAAAUCAGGAGUAAGAGGCUCUGGAUUGGUGCUGGGAGCAAAAUAUGGAGUGGGAUUGGAUGCAGAAUCUGGACCAGGGAAGGGGGUAAAAACAGGUGCAGGAGGAUCUGGAUCACGGCUAAGAACAAUAUCUGAAGCAGUUUCAAGCAUGGGAACAAAACACGGAGCAAGUGGAUCUGGAUCAGGGCAGAGAGCAAAAUCAGGGCUAGGAGGAUUUGAGUCAGGGCUGGGAACAAAUUCAAGAGAAAGUGGACCUGGAUUGGGGCAGGGAACAACAUCUGGAUUGAAUUUGGGGAAAAAAUCAGGGACAGAAGAAUCUGGAGCAGCAUCUGGAUCAGGACUGGGAACAAAAUUAAUAGCAGAAGGAUCCGGAACAGCAACUGGUUCAGGACUGGGAACAAAAUCAGGAGCAGAAGGAUCUGGAGCAGCAUCUGGAUCAGAACUGGGAACAACAUCCGGAACAGAAGGAUCUGGAACAGCAUCUGGAUCAGGACUGGGAACAACAUCCGGAACAGAAGGAUCUGGAGCAGCAUCUGGAUCAGGACUGGAGUGCUGCCCAAUGUGUCUGAUGCCAUUUCCUGCAGGGUUCACCCAAAUGCAAUGUGAUGGUCAUCUCGCACAAUGUUUAUCAGAGAUGCAUGAAGAUAUUAUUUGGUGAUGAUGAGGAAAUUAUUUUAGAUACUUGUGUUUGCCUUUAUGAGCUUGCAAAGUAUUACUUUAAUGUUUUGAUUACUGUAAACAGAAGACCUGGAAAGGAAUAGAUUUGCUGAAAAUGUACUCGUCCUCAGAGCAGGCCAUCCAAGAUGUAGAUCAAUUUGUU